AUGGCUGGAGCCUACCUCGCUGUUUGGUUUGUUUGUUUAAUCUCUCCAGGUCCUGAAUUUCCGGCGCUCGCGAGCUCUCGUUACGAUGGCCGUAUCCAGAGCCCAUACCAACCAGCCUUGGGCGUGGAUCAAAUGGAACAUCUGCUGCCUGGGGCCUCGACUGGCUGGCUUAGGCAUCCGAGUGGCCCAAUGAAGCAGGCCCAAGAGGCGUCCCUGGCAUGA